AUGGCGAUUGCUAAAUUUUUGCCAGACAUCACCAGUGACUUAGUUUGUCCUGUGGAUGCCAAAGAAGAACUCCUGGAUGAAUGUGAAAGCAUUUGGAAGCAGAUGGAAGAGUGUCAGAACAAGCUAAUGCUUCUAGGAAUGGAGACACUGAUAAAAUCAGAUACCAAGCUUUCAGUGUUAAUGACAAGAGUGAAAGCUCUAACAGCAGAAUAUAAUGAAUGGCAAAAAAGAAGUCCUGAAAUAAUUUCCACCAAUCCAGAUGUACUGUUAGCACUAGGAAAAGAAGAGUUGCAGAAAGUAAAGAGUGAUCUUGAAAUGGUGCUGUCAACAGUUCAGUCAAAGAAUAAGCAACUGGAAGAUGAUCUGAAGAGAGAACAGCGGUGGCAUAAGGAACAGGAGCAGAUACUAGAUGCUCUUAAUGGAAUUGAGGAAGAGACAAAAACCCAAAAUAAACUUCCCAAAAAAAGUCUGAAUACUAGAGCAUUUCAAGAACUGCAAAAUAAAGUGUUGAAACUGAAGUUAUAUAAGGAAGAGCUCUUGAAUGCGCUGGGUGAAUUCCUUGAAGAACAUUUUCCCCUUCCAGAGAAAGGUGGAAGUGCUAAAAAAAAUAAGAAAUCUUCUGAAGAACCAGCUUUAGAACUGAUAACACUGCACGAAAUUUUAGAGAUUCUUAUAAACAAAUUAAUGAGCACGCCACAUGAACCCUAUGUCACUAUCAGUGACUCAUUUUGGCCACCUUAUAUUGAGCUGCUGCUGCGAUAUGGAGUUGCCCUGAGACAUCCAGAAGAUCCAGACAGAAUACGCCUAGAAGCCUUUCAUAUGUAGCGUGACCUACAUGUUUAUUUUAAAACAGAACAAAGCACCAGUACUUUUGCUUGGGGCUAAGACAUACUUAUGGUUUAUGAUAAGCUUUUUUUUUUUUAUAUCAGCAGCCUCUUCUUGUUGGAGGAUUUUAUUAUUCUUUUUCUUGUUUUAGUAAAGCGUAUAUUUGGUCCGAGUGUGAAGUAUGAAAAAAGACAAAAAUUUCUACUUCAACUGCUCACAGUUACACUUGGCUUUUAGUUUUAUGGGAAGUGAUGCCAUGAUUUGCAUUGUGGAGGGUUUUUUCAGCUGCUUUAAUACAAUGCAAAUUCAGGUAAUGGUCUAAAAAAAUAUGUUUAACAGUUCUUUUUACUUCUAUGUUGUACUCUGUAAAGGCAAAACUUUAAAUAACUCGGCUCCUCCUGUACACGGCCUUGCAGACAUUUGGAACUAACAGUGAAGUAUCAUCUCAAGAAUGUGUUUGGUUUUUUUUUCCAGAGUCUUUGCAAACAAAUUUAUUGGGUUUAAGAUAAACACAUAGGACAGCUGACACAUCUUUCUGUGCAAAGGGCUGCAGAUGUUUAGUGUGCAACUCUACAACUGCAUGCUUCCUAAACAACUCAUGUUGUGUUAUGCUAUAUUGCCUAACCGCAUUUGUUUUCACUUUUUCAGAUCUAGUUUGUAAGGCUUAUAAAAUUCUCUGUUCUGUUGAUUUCUACAGUUUCUAACUUACAUCAGUUGACAAGUUACCUUCUGAAUAAAUGCUGGCAUUCUGUGGUAGCCUAAUCUGCUUUUCUGUAGUCCUUGUUACUGUAGUCCAUGGCUGCACAAAUUAUAAUUUUCCCAGUUUUACACAAAUAGUCUGAAAUUAACCCCAGAACUGAAGCUGGAAA